AUCUGCAUACAAGUGGGGGACGCGGUGUCAGGAGCAGCGGACUACAACCUGUGCACGGAGUACCAGCCGGUCACGCAGUGGUUCACGUGUGCCAGCGCCGUCGCAAACUACGGCAUGACGUGGUUCGACCUCUACCGCCUCAACCCCGGCAUCAACUGCGACUCUCUCAGCACGCUCACAGGCUCCGAGAUAUGCGUCGCCGGCACACCGUUGGGAGCGGUGGCGUGCGGUAAGGCGCGGUCGAAGACGGUGGCGAACCGGCGGUACACGGUGGGGGCGGGGGACAGCUGUUCGUCGCUGGUGGUGGUGCAAUUCCAGCGCCAGCCGCCACUCGUGGGCGAACUCAACCGCGGCUGGAUGUGCCGCUCCCAAAGCCUCUUUGCUGGCAUGCCCCUCUGUAUCCCCUCUUAG